CCCGCCCCGGCCUUGAGUCACAUGCGCCUAGGCCCAGACGACAGUCAAGACAACCCUCUAAUGAUCCAAUUCUUCACCUGGAACUCCCACUAUCCCGACAUGAGCUGGUGGCAACACUUUGAAUCCGAAAUACCCCGACUAUCUGAGCUGGGCUUCACCCAAGUCUGGUUACCGCCGCCCAACAAGGCGGCUUGGAAGGAGGGAAGGGGUUACGAUGCGUAUGAUUUGUGGGAUUUAGGCGAAUUUGAUCAAAAAGGGGGUAUCCCGACCCGGUGGGGCACCAAGGAAGAGUUUCUACACGCUUGUAAGGUCGCGAGACGGUACAAGAUCGACGUUAUCAUUGAUGCCGUGCUUAACCAUAAACUUGGGGGAGAUCGAAAGGAGACGUUUACCGCUGUUCCUGUGAACCCGCAGAAUCGUUUAAAGAAUGACGGGAAACCGAGGAAAAUAGAGGGAUGGACGGCCUUUGAUUUUCCUGGACGAGGAGGAAAGUACAGCACAUUCCGCUGGAACCAGACUCAUUUUUCUGGCCUCGAUUGGGACGACAGGACACGUACCAAGGGCAUCUAUCGAAUAGAGGGCCACGGCCGCAAAGGAUGGUCGAAGAAUGUUGAUAGAGAGCUGGGGAACUAUGACUACCUGCUUGGCAUAGAUAUUGAUCAUCGACAUCCCGCUGUUCAAGAAGAUCUGUUCAACUGGGGUUCUUGGAUACUACAGACCACGGGAGCUGUCGGCUUUCGUCUUGAUGCAAUAAAGCACAUAGAUCAAAGGUUUCUCAUCAGUUUCAUAGAGCGUGCAAGGACCCAAUACCCAAGAAUGUUAGCGGUCUCUGAAUAUUGGUCCGGAGACGUCAAAGCAAUAAUGCCGUACAUACGAGCGUUCAAAGGGCAGACUGCAUUUUUCGAUGUUCCCCUACACAUGAAUUUCAAUCAAGCCAGUCUACACUGGACUAGAUACGACCUUAGAACUAUCAUGAAUAACACUAUUGCUAAGCUCAAACCUCUGGAUGCCGUCACCUUUGUAGAUAACCACGAUACGGUUGAAGGCCAAAGUUUGGAGAGCUGGGUUGGAAACAAUUUCAAGAUUCAAGCUUAUACCAUAAUCCUUCUGAGAGAAGAGGGCUACCCCUGCGUCUUCUACGGAGAUAUCUAUCCCAACAAUGAAUGCUUCGACGCAAACACUGCUCGGAAUGUCAUACGGCUUAUUGCCGCCCGGAAGCUAUAUGCUUAUGGUCCCACACAUGAAUAUCCCCACGAUAGAACAUGCAUAGGAUUCGUUCGGAUGGGUGAUUCGACACACCAAGGAUGCGCGGUCUUGUUAAGUAACAAAGAAGAGUGCGGAGAUUUUAUACACAGUGUCAAAAUGAACGUUGGUUUGCAAAAUGCUGGAUCCUACUUCCAAAGCUGGAUGUCCGACGGGGGGCGAGUGGAUAUAGACGCUGAGGGCUGGGGAACAUUCACUUGCUUCCCUAACUAUGUUCAAGUCUGGGUUAAGGCAUGAACGUUCAUUGAACGAGGGACUGGUAUACGAUGGACAACAUGGACCCCAACCGAGCUCAACUACUAAUACAACAACUACUGGACUGGACCAUUACUCAUAU